GGAGGACGACACAAGAAAAAAAGAAAGUAACGUACGUUUCGGCGGCAACAGGAGCAUAGAUCGCAAAACAGCGGCGCGUCGCCUUUUACAAGGUGGCGAAUCCAUUGAUUGUGGUGUCCUAUCUGUUGUCCUGUGAUUCUAUAACAACAAUGUUGACCAACAGUCAAGAAGAGCAACUCCUUCAUGAAUUGGCUAUGGAUAGUAACAUGAAAGAGAUCUCCAACCAUUUAGAAUUGGACCCUUAUUCAUCAUUUUCAAACUUGGAGUUUGCCCAAAAUUCUUUCUUGCAAUCAUACGAUGAACAGGACGCAUCGCUUCCUGUAGACAGUAAAAUGUCGCUUCAACAGCAGCUCGUUUUAGUUGAGCAACCGCAGCAACCGCAGCAACAAUACUUGCAUCAAUCACAGUACGUUAUACCACAACAGCUUCCUACACCUAUCCACGCUAAAGAAGAGUUUGCAGGAGACUACAAUUUUCAACUCAUCUUGAACGAUCAAAAUCUAAACAAACAUUGGGUGUACUCUCAAAAGCUUCAGAAAGUAUUUAUCCACAUGGAGGAAGUGCUGCCAUUACAGUUCUCGUGGGCACCACCUCAAGAUGGAUUAUGGGUUAGAGCGACUAUGGUCUACAAAUUAGAUCAACACAGAUCUCAACCUGUUAUUAGGUGCCCUAAUCAUAUGGCACCAGAUAAUAAUUCUAAUAGGAAUAUAAAUCCACUGCAAGUUAAGCAUGUAAUUAGAUGCACACACAGUGCAUCUACAUACGAAGAGGCCGCAAAUGGGCAUUUGUCUGUUUUAACACCACUGGGAAUUCCUGAAGCGGGAGUCUCCUAUGUGCCUAUGGAUUUCACGUUUUAUUGUAAAAACAGUUGCACGUCCGGUAUGAAUCGUCGGCCAACCGAACUGAUUUUUACUCUAGAAUCCCAGCAAAAUCAGAUCCUUGGAAGGAGAAAGCUUGAGUUAAGGGUUUGCAGUUGCCCAAAAAGAGACAAAGAGAAGGAGGAAGGAGAAACAAGUUCUCGUGAUGCAACAGUUUCAGUUGGAUCAGGAAGUAAGAAAAGAAAAAUGGUAAACGUGCCUGGUGCUCCACCACCAGGAAAGAAGUUAUUGACGGAAAAUAGUAAAGAGAACAGCAAGGUGUUUCGUCUUGAUUUAAAAAUUGUUGGUCGUGAUAAUUAUAACUCAAUUCUUAAAUACGCGCAUGACUGUAUGGCAGGAUCGGCCUACAGAUCUAACAAUCAUGACUUAUACAAACCGUAUAUGGAUGAUGUUCUAAAAAAAUUUAUUAAUUCAGGAUAAUACGUAUUAUUUGUUUUGUAAGAGGGCGCAAAAUAUUGAGUGAUUGAUUUUUUUAUCAUAUAAUGACUUUGGCUACAUUUUUACAAUUUAAUUAUUUUCUAGAUUUUAUAGUUUUUUGCUUUGCAUGUCUUAAGUUUAUGGAAAAUGUUGAUAGCUCAGGAGUAUCAACGCAUUAUUUACAAACAAAUUAGAUAUAAAUUUUGUUCUUUUUACAAUAAAAAAAAAAAAGAAAUGAUAAACAUUCUAUGAAAUAUCUUUAAUUAAUUUUAAAAAAUUUUUUAUCUCUAAUGUAAAUGUUUACGAAAAUACCAGUGACAGUACAAACUCAAUGUAUUGCACCCUCAUUCUUAAAGUUGUGUACAUUAUACUUUUUUUUAUUAUCUAAACAUAAAAAGAAAAAAGUUUAUAUAAAUUUAACUUUAGCUAUUCUAAUAGCUAUUACUUAAUUAAUUACUUUAGCUAUUCCAAUAGCUAAGCACUGGAAUAAUAAUUGUUCUUUAUUAUUGUACUGUGUAUCUAUUUAAGAUUAUUGAACGUUUGAAGAAAUGAUCUCUACGUGCCAAUCAAAAUAUAAGUGCCUUUAAAUGUUUAAGAGACCAAAUUGUUGUACUGCCUACGUAAUGAAAAUAAAGUUUU